GUUUAGUGCGAAUAGGCCCUAAAGGCUAUUUCUUUAACGGCAGAAUGAAAACUGAUGCAGCUCCAAUCUAUAAUAUGUCCAUAAGAUCCGACGAUGUAUUCGUAGUGGCGUUCCCGAAGUCAGGUACCACUUGGGUCCAGGAGCUCGUGUGGUUAAUUGGAAAUAAUUUUGAUUACGAAACAGCUGCAGCUAUCCCUCUUAUUCAAAGAUCUCUAUUUUUAGAGCUUUCAAGUUUUCUCAACGGCGGAAAUACUCCGAAAGUAUUAUUAGAAAAUUUAAAAGGCGAUGAAAAAGAAAUACAGUUUUUGAAAGAAUCGCGAAAACCAAAUUAUAAAUUGGUAGAGGCGCUGCCGUCGCCGCGCUUCGUGAAGUCGCACCUGCCGCUGUCGCUGCUGCCGCCCGGCUUGCUGCGCGCGCGCGUGGUCUACGUGGCGCGCGACCCGCGCGACGUCGCGGUCUCGUACUACCACCACAUUCUACUUUUUAAAAGAUAUGGCUUCACUGGCGAUUUCAAAAAUUACUGGGAUUAUUUUAGAAAGGAUAUGCUUAACUGGACUCCAUACUUUGAACAUAUAAAAGAAGCGUGGGAUAAACGAGAUCAUCCAAACAUGCUGUUCCUUUUCUACGAAGAACUAUUGGAGGACCUGGCCGGCGCGGUGCGGCGCGUCGCGCAGUUUCUCGGCGCGCCCGUGAGCGAGGAGCAGGUGGUGCGCCUCUGCGAUCAUCUCAGCUUCCACAACUUCAAAAACAACAAAUCCGUCAACUUAGAAGUCAUGAGGGAAGCGGGGUUAAUGAGCGAAGACGGACAUUUUAUUAGAAAAGGCAAGGCGGGCGGCUGGCGCGAGUACUUCGACGAGCAGAUGGCAGCGCAGGCGCAGCAGUGGAUCGACGUCAACCUGCGAGGGACUGACCUGCGCUUCCCGAGUAUCAAGAAAUAG